AAAUAAUAAACAAACCCAUUUAUAUAUAUAAUAAGCAAAACCACACAAGAUGCUAAAAACUAUUUUUGUUAAUUUCAAAUUUCUAACAAUGAAGCCUUCAACUUCAUUUGUGGGUGGUUCAAGCAGAGCAACUCUAUUGGUUAUUCUCGUAUUUGUUUCAUCAUGUGAGGCAUAUUUAACUUGUGGGAAUGUAAUUACGUAUCUAGGACCAUGUCUAAACUACAUAGCAGGUAAUGAAAAGACGCUACCUGGUAGUUGUUGUGAAGCAGCUAAAGGAGUAUUGUCAGCUGUAACAAGCAAACUGGAUAAAAUGGUGGCUUGUGAGUGUGUCAAGAGAAUAGCAUAUCAUCUAUACGCAAAGCCAGAAAACGCCAAAGAUAUCCCAAACAAAUGCGCAAUCCAAUUUCCCUACGAUAUUUCUCCCUACUAUGAUUGCUCUACCGUCGAGUGACUAGUGGUGGAGCUUAAAAAAAAAUUAUGGGAGGCACAAAGUAAAAAAAUAAAAAAAUUAUAUAUAAAGUGUAAUGAAAUUAAAAUUGGUUCAGUGAACAGUAUUGUUGUUUUUCACACAAAUAACGCGGUUUGAAUUUUUUAUUUUAUUCAAGAAAAUAUAAAUAAGUUGUAAAAAUAUUAUUAUAGAACUCGCGACAUAAUUUUUAUUAAAAAUAUUGGUUUGUUGCUGCGGCAAGUAUAAAAUCUUCACAUA